UACCCCUUAACCCCCACGUUCUUUCAUCUCUAUAUAUCUCUCUCCGUUUCCUAUUCUUCAAGACUCCCUUCCACUUUGAACUCUAUUUCAGUUCCAAAUCCUAAGGAAUUACUCAUUUCUUGUGUUCCAAGCAAUUCAAGGACAUCAAAGUUCUCUUUGUUCAUUUAAUUUUUGUCUUACAUAUAGUGCUAUUUGUGUAAGAGGAAAUUUGGUUAUACGUCUGCACCAUGAGUUGCAACGGCUGUCGAAUUCUCCGGAAAGGUUGCAACGAGAAUUGCAUACUGCGACAAAGUUUACAGGGCAUUGAAAGCCCUCAUGCUCAAGCUAAUGCCACCGUCUUUGUCGCCAAAUUCUUCGGCCGUGCUGGCCUCAUGUCUUUCCUCUCCUCUGUUCCCGAAUCUCAACGACCAGCUUUAUUCCAAUCGCUGCUGUUCGAAUCGUGUGGAAGGACGGUGAACCCAGUGCACGGAGCGGUCGGAUUACUGUGGACGGGAAACUGGCACGUGUGCCAAGCAGCGGUAGAAACGGUGCUUAAAGGAGGCGUGUUACGGCCGUUGCCGGAGUUUUCAGGUGUAACAGCUUUACCGGAGUCCGAUUCAGCAUCCGAGGCGAACGAUGUUGAUCUCUUUAGAUCGCAAAGCUUCAACUUCCGAUCUAAGAGGAAAGUUAUGGAUGAGGUGGCGGAGGAUCUAGAUCUCGGAUUAUCGUCAGGACUCCCGGCGAAAAUGACGGCCACCGGCGGUAGAAUGAGUCGGCGGACGGAGAAGAGACGAGAGGCGACGCCUUCGUUGAAUUCAGAUGAAUCUGAUACCACAACAUUAGAAAGUGGUUUUAUGUGCCAUCAAAAUCCACAACAAGGACAAGGAGAUGAUACUAAGCUUCUUAGAUUGUUCUUUUGAAAGCUUGAUUCAAGUUUUAACGUGGCUCACUUACAAGUUACGUCCAGUUAUUAACUGAAGCUGGAACAAGUUUUACCUUUUUUGUUGUUAAAAGUGUUAUCUCGAACUUAUUAGUGGUAAGUUUUUGGUAACUUAAGGGGGUAAAUUGAGAUGGCUCCUAUGGCACUGGAUUUCUCCAUAAUGAAAGUUUUGAGGGAAAGAUGAGAGUUGCCGUCUUUUUACUUUCUUUCUUUCCCUUUUUAGGAGAAGUUUUAUUUUGUGUCUCGUACAACUGACGCUAGUUGUACGAGUCUUCUUUUUGUUUUAUAAAAUUGUGGACCCCAAUCUUACACUGCUGGGUCCACAAAAUUGUGAGACAAAAAGUUGCCUCAUACAACUAGCGUAUUUUGUACGAGACACAAAAUAAAAUUUUCCCCUUUUUAGGUUCUUUCUUUUUUACAAUUUGUCAUUGAUCAUUGUGACUCAUAAUAUAAGACAAUUUUUUACAUUUCACCUUC